AUGGGGUCUGCAUAUUGGGUGCCAAUGCCAUCUCACCAGCCCAAGGCACAAAGACUUACCUUUCCUUUCCCAGGCUCUUCUCCAACUGAUUGGAUGGAUCGCCUCUUUCUUCUCUCACUUCUUCUCAGCUUAACUCAGCUGUCCUCCGUGCUUGCCUCCACGCUAGGCAACGUUGAAUCUACCUCCAUCAUCCAAGAGGAUCUGUCGUUCAGACAGGUCGUACCAUUGGACGAUGAUGUUGAUCCUCUCCUGAAUGCAGACCACCAUUUCUCACUCUUCAAGAAAAAGUAUGGCAAGACUUACUCCACGCAGGAGGAGGACGAUUAUAGAUUCUCGGUUUUCAAGGCUAACUUGCACCGCGCUAAGCGCCACCAGCUCCUGGAUCCUAGCGCGGUCCAUGGCAUUACCAAGUUCUCCGAUCUCACUCCCUCUGAGUUCCAGCAGCGUCUCCACCUCGGACACCAUAAGCAGAAGCGACGGCUCAGUGUCUCUGCUGAUCCUAACGAGGCUCCUAUCCUCCCGACUCGGGAUCUUCCCUCUCCAGGCUCUGCUCUUGACUAUCGUCAGUGGGGCGUCGUCACCCCCGUCAAAGAUCAGGGUUCAUGCCGGUCAUCCUGGGCUUUCAGUUCAACUGGAGCGCUGGAAGCAGCCAAUGCUUUGGCCAGCGGAGAUCUAGUUAGCCUCAGCGAGCAGCAGCUUGUGGAUUGUGUCCAUAAGGAUGGUUCUGGAUGCUACGGCGGGCGGAUUAACAGUGCCUUUGAGUACAUACAGCAGCAAGGUGGAAUUGAUAGUGAGGAGUCUUAUCCUUACGAAGGAGAGGUUGGAGCAUGUCGAUUUAAUUCCAGCAUUGUUGCUGCUAUGGUAAGAAACUUCAGUGUUGUCUCCUCUGACGUUAAUCAAGUUGCUGCAAAUCUGGUGAAGAAUGGUCCUCUUGCAGUUGCGCUCAACGCGGAUUGGUUGCUGACAUACAUCGGUGGAGUCACAUGCCCGCUGAUUUGUUUAGACUCUUCAGAACCCCGAGAUGACGGAGCCCUUGUAGUUGGGUAUGGAGGUGGUUCUGCUGGCCAGCUCAACCAAUACUGGAUAGUAAAGAACUCCUGGGGUGUGAACUGGGGAGAGGAAGGUUACUUCCGGCUGGGCUGGGGAUGCACCGGCUGCGGGGAUUAUUACACGGUCUCAGCUUAAUGCUGCUGUUCUUCACA